CUUACUUAUCUCGAUAAUCCGUCAUUAGAACCAUCGACCCGCAGGUGAUCGAGCACGUUGUUUCUUUAUAAGAAAAAUGGCAUUACACGUUCCUUUAGCGCCGGGAAUAUCCCAAAUGUUAAAAGAAGGGGCUAAACAUUUUCGAGGUCUGGACGAAGCAGUUUAUCGGAAUAUAGAAGCUUGCACCCAGUUAGCUCAGACUGUUAAAAGUGCUUACGGUCCUAAUGGUUUAAAUAAAAUGGUGAUCAAUCAUUUGGAAAAGUUAUUUGUUACAAAUGAUGCAGCUACCAUUAUCAAAGAAUUGGAGAUUCAACAUCCGGCUGCCAGAUUGCUUGUCUUGGCUUCGCAAAUGCAGGAACAAGAAGUCGGAGAUGGUACUAAUUUUGUGAUAAUUUUUGCCGGUGCUCUUCUCGAGCAGGCCGAAGAAUUGAUUCGCAUGGGAUUAACCCCUGUUGAAAUCCAUGAAGGUUACGAACUUGCCUGCAAGAAGGCUUUAGAAAUUCUUCCAAGUUUAACAUGUUUUGAGAUAAAAGAUUAUCGUAAUGAGAAAGAUGUUUUUAAAGGCAUCAAAACUUCUGUGAUGAGUAAACAAUAUGGAAACGAAAUAUUUUUAUCAAAGCUCAUUUCUCAAGCUUGCAUCUCCAUACUCCCAGAAAAAACAACCUUUAAUGUAGACAAUGUUCGUGUUUGUAAAAUUUUGGGUUCCGGCCUCCAUAAAUCAGAAGUGUGUCAGGGAAUGGUUUUCAAGAGGCAGGUCGAAGGCGACAUCACAAAAGUAGCAGAGGCCAAAGUCGCCGUGUACACCUAUCCCGUCGACGCAAUGCAGACAGAAACAAAAGGGACUGUUCUGAUAAAAUCUGCCGACGAGUUGAUGAAUUUCAGUCGAGGCGAAGAAAGUAUGUUAGAACAGCAAAUCAAAUCCAUUGCCGAUUCCGGAGCAAAUGUUGUCGUUUCUGGAGGAAAAAUAGGAGACAUGGCACUACACUUUUUGAAUAAAUAUGGUAUGAUGGGUGUGCGCUUGCCUUCCAAGUUUGAUGUCAGAAGGCUGUGUAAAACUGUUGGAGCAACUGCUUUGCCACGAUUAAUUGCACCCACACCAGAAGAACUAGGUUAUUGUGAUAAAGUUUACUUAGACGAAAUCGGAGAAACUCCUGUUGUAAUUUUUAAACAAGAAAGUAAAGAAUCUCGAAUAUCUACGAUUGUGAUAAGAGGAUCUACAGACAAUUUAAUGGACGAUAUCGAAAGGGCAAUCGACGAUGGAGUAAAUACUUUCAAAGCAAUCACAAAAGAUGGUAGAUUAAUUCCUGGCGGAGGAGCAAGUGAGAUUGAACUUGCAAAGCAGAUUACUUCUUAUGGAGAGCAAUUACCUGGCCUUGAACAAUAUGCAGUAAAGAAAUUUGCCGAAGCCUUAGAAUCAUUACCCCGUGCAUUAGCCGAAAAUUCCGGUGUUAAGCCUACAGAAGUAAUUUCUAACUUAUACGCCGAUCAUCAAGAAGGGAAAGUAAACGUGGGAUUUGACGCAGAGGUGGAAGGAACAUCAGUGAAAGAUGUCAGCGAGAACAUAUUAGAUCUCUAUCUUACAAAAUAUUGGGCCAUUAAGUAUGCAACAAAUGCGGCAUGCACCAUUCUCAAAGUUGAUCAAAUAAUCAUGGCCAAGCCGGCCGGAGGACCAAAACCCAAAUCUGACGGAGGCGACUGGGAUCAAGAUUAAGCGUUUCUAACACUAGAGAAGUGUCGCAACAACUGUUACCAAUUUAAUUACUUUGCAAAAUCCAGAAGGAACAUAAUUGUUUUAUUUAAUUCAUUAAUUGCAUUCAUCAUUAAUCAAUUUUAAGACCAGUCGUUUCUUCUGUUUCUUUUCCACACACGGUUGCUCCCGCUGCGGAAGGCUGCCUCGGAAAUAUGCUUCGUUCCACCAAUGAAAUGUUGCGUAGCAGCCAAGAAAGCAAAAAAGAAAAAGAAUGUAAAAUGUUUCGCCUUUGUUGUUUUGUAUUGCGGUUGUAUGGUGUUGAGAUAAUUAACUUUUUUACAAAUUAAAAUCUUAAAUUUGCUUAUA